CUGGAGAAGCUGCAGAGCCGGGAGUCGGCCGGCGCCGGGCCGGACGACCCGGCCGCCUUCGUGACGCCCGUGAAGCAGCUGCUGCGCGGCGGCGAGUCGGCCGGCCCGCCGGUGGCGGCGGCCACUCCUGACCGGGUGACGGGCGCCGAGCGGCUCACCGAGCUGGCCGUGCUCUACGCGCACCUGAUCGAGCACGCGCUGCUGCUCGGCCUCUCGAUCGAGCUCAGCUUCCUGGUGCGUCUGCUGGUGGCGCCCGGUGGCGCCGGCCCGCCGCCGGCCGAGUCCGUGCUGCUCACUUCGCUCCACAACGCCGUCUUCUUCUCGGUGCAGACGCUAUGGCGGCUUCGCGGCCUGCUGGUGUGUCUGGACGCGGCCCACCUGCGUCUGCUGGCCACCAACGGGCGGCUGGUGGCCUUCCACCCGCAGCUGGCCGACGCACUGCGGGAGCUGCCGGCGCGCCGGCCGUGCGCCUCGCCGCCGCCGGCCGCCGCCGCCGACGGGGACGGCGAGCGUCCCGACUCGCUGGCCUUCUACGCCGAGCUGGUGUACCGGCCCAACUUUCCGUCCGACGCCAGCUUCCACGCGUUCCGGCGCCAGCACGACCAGCUGCACGCGCUGCUGGAGCGGUGGCGCUCGGCGGCGGCGGCCGGCGCCGGUCACUGGGAGCCGGACGCCGUGCUGGGCGACGAGCCGCGCGCGCUGGUGGCGCUCUGCCGGCACCCGGUCAACAUGCACCACCUGGCGCGGCUGUUCCAGGCGCAGCUGCUGCUGCUGGCGGGCGGCGGCGGCGGCGGCGCGCAGGAGCCGGCCGAGCUGCUGCAGCAGACGGACCGCGCGCGCCUGCAGCGACUCAGCGACAGGUUUCUGAAGCCGGUGUGUGUGGGCCGCUCGGGCGGCCGGCGCGACUUCCCCGGCGCCGAGGAGCUGUUCCGACAGCUGCUGGAGCGCGCCGACUCGGCCGAGUUUUCGGCGGCGCUGCGCGACCUGCUGGCCAGCAGCGUCCUGCAGCUGGACGGCCAGACGGUCCACCUGCCCGACUCAGGCGUCCAGCCGUCCACGGUGCGCGCUGUGUCGGAGCGCAUCUUCCGGCUGCGUCUGCUGGCCAAGUUCCUGGGGCUGGUGACGUUCCGCGGCCUGCACGCCGACGGCGAGAUCCCCGAGCAGGUGCUCACCAGCAGCAUCCAGAUGAGAAACCGGCUGCCGCCGCCGCUGGACCUGCUCAGCUGUCUGGAGGGAGCCGUGCGCCGGCGACAGCUGGUGAUCACGCUGCCCUGGAUCAUCGAGUACAUCUGCAUGAUGGACCGGGUGUCGGUGCUGACCUCGGCGCACCAGACCGUCUUCAGCCUGCUGGUGGCCAUGUUCCGCGCGCUGCGCCGCGCCGCCGCGCUGACGGCGCACAACGCGCUCUUCCUGCGCCUCCAGUACGAGAACCUGUACGAGAUCCACUCGCACGUGCAGAACCUGUGCGAGAAGGACCACCUGGCUGCCAUGGACCGGCGCCGCAUGGAGCAGCUGCUGGCAGAGUUCGGCCGGCUGUACGUGCGCCGCGGCGCGCCGCCCCCGGCCGCGGCCGCCGCCGACAGCUGCGACCUGGUGCGGCCCAGUCUGUUCUACGUGUGCUGCCCGUACCUGGCCGAGCAGAAGGUAGCGCUGCAGCAGUUCCGCGCCGGACGCGCCUACCAGCCGUCGCCGGCGCUGCGCAAAAUCAUCCCCAUCUCGGCGCGGCCGGCAGACGCUAGGACGGCGGCCGCGCGCCGCACUCAGGCCGAGCUGGAGGAGGCCUUUUUCCAGUCGCACCACCCGUCGCUGCGGCGCGCGGCCGCGUUCACCGUGGAGCGUCUGUCGUCGGCGCUGAUAAAGCUGGUGCGCGGCCCGCAGCUGGCGGCCUUGACGGCGCCGCUGGUGACGCCGCUGCGGCAGCAGAUGACCGAGCGGCUGCGGCGCGGAGAGCAGGACUUCCAGAUCAAGGGCUGGCUGCCGGCGCGGCUGUCGGCGCUGGUGCUGGCGCAGCACGCGGCGCUGGUGCGGCAGCUGGCGGCCGGCUGCCGGCGCCGGGCCGGCGCGCUGGUGACCGACGCGCUCGGCGCCCUGCUGGUGGGAGAGGAGCUGACUGAGGGGGCGCGACGCACCGUGCACCGGCUGACCGAGGCCGGCGUGCUGAGCCGCGUCAACUGCUGGAUCAACACCAACCUGACCCGCGACUUUGUGCAGCACGUGCUGGAGGAGCAGUGCCGCGCCGAGCUGCGCCGGCUGCGACGCGCCGACGCCGCCGCCGACGCGCCGGCGCCGCUGUCGGACCUGCCCGACCGGCCGGCCGACGUCCGCUCCCCGUCCGUCUGCCUGAUGGACGUCAAGGACGCGGUGUGCGGCGCGCUGUCGGGCGCCCGGCUGCCGUCGCCGGCCGGCCUCGAGUCGCUGCUGGGCCGCGUGAGCGCCGUGUACGGCCAGUGGAGCCGGCUGCUGCCCGCCACCGGCCGCUGUCUGCAGCAGCUCAGCACCCAGCUGGUCGUCACGCUCGCGUGCAGCCGGCCGGAGCUGCUGGCGACGCCGGCGGCCCAGCGCGCUGUGCUGGCCUGCUGGGCCGCGCUGGGGCUGGAGCCGGCCGCCCAGCUGCUGGCCGAACCGGUGCGCCGGCAGGUAGCCGCCGCCCGGCAGCCGGCCGCCGCCGACGACUGUCUGCGGACGCUGCUGGCCGCGGCCGACGGCCAGCCGCCGCAGCCGACUCCGCUGGGCGCAGCGGCCGGCGGCCAGCCGCAGCAGCCGUCACGGAGAUCGGCCGGCCAGCCGGAGCAGCCGUCACGGAGGUCGGCCGGGCAGCCGCGGAGAAAGGUGGCGGUCCCGCCGGGCGGCGGCUGCUCGGCGGCGGAGGAGACCGCUGUUGGCCGCACGCGUCCUGAGAGCGCGCCGCCAGAGCAGCAGCGGGCCACCGCCGCUGCCGGUGGCGCCGAGCAACAUACGACACUGGAGGAUCUCCGUCUGGAGGACACGACACUGGAGGAUCUCCGUCUGGAGGACACGACACUGGAGGAUCUCCGUCUGGAGGAUACGACACUGGAGGAUCUCCGUCUGGAGGCCGCGCGCUCGGAGGAUCUCGGUGCCGCCCACCCGGUGGCCGAGGACGGCGGUGCGGCCGGAGCUGCUCUGGGCCGGCGGCUGGAGUCGGCCGCGCCCUGCUGGCGGCGGCGGCCCCCGCUCGUUCAGCUCAGCUGACCGCCGCCACCGGUCUCGGCCUCAGCUCGGCCGUGGCGGCACUCCUCAGCUCGGCUGUGGCGGCACUCCUCAGCUCGGCUGUGGCGGCACUCCUCAGCUCGGCUGUGGCGGCACUCCUCAGCUCGGCUGUGGCGGCACUCCUCAGCUCGGCCGUGGCGGCACUCCUCAGCUCGGCUGUGGCGGCACUCCUCAGCUCGGCUGUGGCGGCACUCCUCAGCUCGGCUCUGGGCCAAGUGCCUUCUUAUCUCGUGGACUGUUCGCCGUGUUUAUGAAGAGAUGGUGACCAUUUUUAAUUCCGAUGGUUUUACGUGUGGCGCGUGUAUUACGGGCUGAGUUCCGUGCGUCAGGUGCUCGACCAUAAUGUGUACUCUGUGGUAUACGCAGUGUUUGCGGCGGCCGGCCGUGGCGGGCUGUGCCGGUCGGACUCGGCGCCGGGCUGUGAGGCGGCCCGUGAGACCGGCCGCCGCUGUGAGCACUGCAGGGCGGCCAGCCGGCCGGCAGCGCAGUCGUCUGACGGAUCCCUGUUUUACUAGCCGACCUGUGCCCGUCCUACCGUGGCAUAUAAUGGUGUUCCAGCCGAGUGACAAUGUCAACAAUGGUGUUCGCCGUUGCCUCUCUGAACACUCCUACAAACGAACGCAAUAUAGCGGUACCGGAGUACAAACUGGUGCGAGAUGAAUUCCUCUAAAAGGCACCGAACGCACUAGUGGCGACUCUUCAGAUGAC